UAUUCAGUUAGUACAAGAAAAAAUGUUCCAUUAAACACAUGAAGGGAAUGAACAAAACCAUGUGAUGGGCAGUCCACCAUACCAAGUCAUAAGUGGAAAGGAGAAAUCAGAAACGUUUCUAGGUCUGUGUAAAUAAAUGUCACAACAAUCAUGAAAAUGCAGGAAGCAGAUGUCAGCCUACUACUGGAACUUCCUGUGCACAGAAUCUGUAUCUACCCCCAGUUAUGACACUCAACCAUUCACAGUAGCUGAGAUAUAUUUAGCACACUUCCAGUUAUUAAUCAGCUUCCAUAGCAUGUGUUACAAUGAUAUUCUAAAACUUGUACAAAAUUUAUUGAAAAUCAACUCAGAAGAAUAUCUGCCCUCGCUUAUAUAUAUGUAUAAAUUAAGAAUGUUUCUGGAUCAUUCUAAAGUACUUAAUAAUUUACUUAACAAUUAAUUUGUUUUGAUGUUAUAGUUACAUCAGGCACGGUUAAUAGUACACUAACAUUUUCUUUAUAUUUUAAAUUAAGAUGUACACAUUUAUAUACUUCUAAACAGUUGAGUUUGAUGUGAUUUUUUUGCUAAAAAGAAAAAAAGAGGUGUGAAAUGCUCUAAAAGUAAUAGUGUGUACAAUCAGUUGUGUUAUCUGGAAUAACUAGUUAUUUUUUGUCAUACUUGUGCAAAAUGAAACUGUGUGGUGCAUCAUGUGUAUUCUUAGCACUUUUCAUCUCGAUUCACAUCACUUCAGCAGUAAUAAGCAUGAAGAGAUGCCCACGACCUACCCUGUUGAAUGGCCAAGUACGAGUGAUGUCCAGGGGUCGCACUGCCAAAUUCAGAUGUAAUCAAACAUUCCAGCUGCUGGGGGAAAAGUAUGCAACAUGUCUGCGUGGGGUGUGGGAUACAAUCCCUAUCUGUGUUAAAUCGGGUUGUGUCUCAUUGCCAUACCUGAAAAAUGGACAGGUAGUCGAAAGCUAUAGGGGGGCAGUUGUCAAGUUCCUGUGUAAUCCAGGAUACUCUUUGUUUGGAUCAUCAAUCAUGUAUUGUAAUGGAGCUGUGUGGAACGGCACCAUUCCUGAGUGUAAAGCAUCUGAGAAGAUUGCUCAGACUUGGUGUGACUUUGAGUCACAAGAUCUGUGUGGUUGGACCCAGGAUCCACAUCACAACUUUGACUGGAGCAGACAGAAUUUCCAGGCGCUCUCAGGAAGUGUUGACACUGGCCCCUCAUUUGAUCACACUCUGGGGCCAGGCAGAGGUGGAUACUACAUGUUCAUAGGAUCAUCAAGUCAUCGCAUGGAGAAUGAUACAGCACGCCUUUAUUCUCCUGUGUAUGGCUCACAGUUGACUUCAAGUCAGCCAUCUUGUUUUAUCUUCUGGUACCAUAUGUAUGGUGCUACAACAGGCUCAUUGCAUGUGUACAUGAAGCCUGAAAACACUGAAUUUGGUGGUUCAUUGUUGCCAAGAUUCACCAAGUCUGGAGAACAGGGAAACCAAUGGUAUCAGGGUAUUGUUUUGCUUCCAAGCACGAAUGAAUCUUUUCAGAUUAUUAUAGAGGCAGUUCGAGGAGCUGGAUAUGUCAGUGAUACUGCAAUUGAUGAUGUGAAGAUUGCAAAUGGGAGUGAAUGUCUGGCAAUAGUGACAAAUGCACCUUCCCUUAGAGAGUCUGUCAAUCAAAAUGGUGGUAGCAAUGAGAUCUAUGACAGCACACAAAGCUGCAGAUUACGGUGCACAAUUGAACAGUUUGCAGGUACUCAUACCACAGCCUCAGCAUCUGAGACACCUAUAUUUGCAGAGUGUGAAUGUCAUUUGGGGUGUCUGCAAACUGCCACGUGCUGUCCUGACUAUGCCUCAUACUGCAUGCUAGUGGCACCAACAGAGAUACAGAAAGUAACUAAACCUGCAAUUGUAAGCCGUCCAUAUCAUACCCCUCCACCUUUACCCCCACUUCCACCAUUCCCAUCAGUACAAUUGGCAACAACAUCUGUAAGCACCAAUACGUACACUUUUGAAAUGACUUCAAAACUGCUAAAGCCCCUAGAAAAUCCAACAGUGCCUGUUGUGACUUACAAACCUACUCAGUCACCCUGGACACUAGAUGGAUUAAAAGGAUAUCAGAGUUCAACAACAGAGUUAAAUAAACGCAUCCCUAUCCCAACAGAUCCUACACCUUUAAUCUUACAACGACCAACAAAGAAACCGUUAGUAAUUUCUCAUUAUGAUAAACCAGCAGUACAAUUUACUUCAGUGAAACCAACAACCACCUCUGUCACACCACAUUUUGCAAUUAGCUCUCAUACUGAUACACAAAGGAUAGAUCAGGCUGUGUCAGAAUUAAAUAAAACUGCUGUUACUAAAUCAGUAAAUAUUUUAAGUAGUAAAGCACUGUUUACUGCUAUCACAGCAUUAAAAAUUCUAACAGUUUCCAUUCCUAGGAACUCAAGUGUAACUUCUGCAACUGAAUUUGUGCCAAAACAAUCUUCCACAACUCCUAAAACAACUCCAGUAACUCAGAAAUAUCCUAAAGUAAUCCAGCUCACAAGGAAACCUGCAGUAGUGUCAGUUCGACCAGUGACAAGUCUUAAAGAGACUGCAAGGACAAGUGCACCUGCAAUGCCACCACCCAUUAUUCUUCAGUCUACUGUUGCAAGAAAUACUCAGGAUAUCACAGAACAGUUGAACUAUCCAGUGUCAACUACAGAGCUUCCCUGGAUGAAAGUUACAAGAGGACAGAAAUGGAUGCAAGCAAGGAGAGGACCAGUUCCUAGACGAAAAGAGUUUCUGUCUUCAUCAGUAAUUGUUGGGAUUUUGGUUGCCGUAAUACUAAUCAUUACUGCCAUAGCAAUUGCUACUUAUUUUGUUGUGAGAAACAGGAGGCGUGUACACAGGCAGCAGUGUAUGGCAGAUGACUCGGAUGUUAGAUUCCUGACUUCAGAUGAGGCUCUUGAUUUCAGUUUGGCAAGGCCAAUAGAUAGCAAUGAUGAUUACUUGUGACUAUCACAGCUCACAAUUGCAAAUGUUUAUGACUGACUAUGAACCAGCUUCUAAAAUGUAUUAACUCUAAGAAAUGUCUCUGUACAUAGUAUCCAUGCUCAAGCAUGACUGAUGCAAUUUCACAUAUUCUGUAUGCAUCUCAGGAUGGCAGUGUAUAUUACAUUCUGUUUCUUUUUGCUAACUUUGUAGAAACAUUUACAGUAUGCUUUUCACAUGGCUGUUUUCAAUGUGACAGAAAAUAUAUGUAUUUAACAUGUGAGUCUCACAGAAAUUCUGUUUCUUAAGAAAUAAGGAAAUGCUGGAUAUUAGGUACAAUAAAGACAAUUUAUAAUUAU